UGAGUUUCAAGAUGGCUGCGCCCAGAGUACACGAGAAUUAGCUCUUCAGUGGGUUCAAUUUCUUUCAAGAGAGCUAACCUGCUCCUAAAUCGCCAGUUUUAGAAAUUUCCGGUGUCUGAGUUGUUCUGACAGAGUGUUGGAGCCUGCGAAGAGUCGCCGCCAUGAUCUUUUGGAGUCUUUGUAAGAGAAUACCGCAGCGGCCUGUGAGGCUGUGCCUGGCGGGUGUGGUGGGAGGCAGCUUCAGGAGCCGUCGGGGCCUGGCCUCCCAAGCCAUCACUUCGGCCCUCCCGGCCGGGGGCGCUCCGGGAGCUUCCCUGGAAGUGCUGGGCAAAUCCUAUCCUCGGGAUGACCAUAGCAACGUACCGGGAAAAAUCCUCUCCAAGGUGGGGAAGAACCUGCACAGCAGGAAGCACCACCCCUUGUGGCUGGUUCUGGAGCGGGUGAAGCACCACUUCUAUCAGCAGUACGUGGGCCCCUUCGGGACGCCGCUCUUCUCCGUCUUCGACGGGCUCUCCCCGGUGGUCUCCACCUGGCAGAACUUUGACAGCCUCCUCAUCCCGGCGGAGCACCCGAGCCGCAACAAGGGGGACAACUACUACCUGAACCGCACCCACAUGCUGCGCUCGCACACGUCGGCCCACCAGUGGAACCUGAUCCGCGCCGGGCUCAACGCGUUCCUCGUGGUGGGAGACGUCUAUCGGCGGGACCAGAUUGAUUCCCAGCACUACCCGGUCUUCCAUCAGUUGGAAGGCGUCCGGCUCUUCAACAAGCAUCAGCUAUUUGGUGAUAUAAAAGAUGGAGAACCACUCCAGCUCUUUGAACACAGUAGCCGCUCUUCCCAUAAGCAGGAGACCCACACCUUGGAAGCUGUGAAACUGGUGGAGUUUGACCUUAAGCAAACCCUUACCAAGCUUGUAACACAUCUUUUUGGAGAGGGACUGGAGAUUAGAUGGGUGGACUGCUACUUCCCUUUCACUCAUCCGUCUUUUGAGAUGGAGAUCAACUUUCAAGGAGAAUGGAUUGAGGUGCUGGGAUGUGGAAUCAUGGAGCAACAGCUAGUCAAUUCAGCUGGUGCUCAAAACAAUAUUGGAUGGGCUUUUGGUCUGGGAUUGGAGAGACUGGCCAUGAUCCUGUAUAAAAUCCCUGACAUUCGCUUAUUCUGGAGUGAAGAUGAAAGAUUCCUGAAACAAUUCCGUGUACCUAAUAUAAACCAAGAUGUACACUUUCAGCCUCUUAGCAAGUAUCCAGCUUUGGUGAAUGACAUCUCCUUUUGGCUACCCCCUCAGAAUUACUCUGAGAAUGAUUUCUAUGACUUAGUCCGAACCAUUGGAGGAGACCUGGUAGAGAAGGUUGAUCUCAUAGAUAAGUUUCAGCAUCCCAAGACACAGAGAAUCAGCCACUGCUAUCGAAUUACUUACCGCCACAUGGAGAAGACCCUUACCCAGGAAGAGGUGAUGCAUAUUCAUCGGUCUGUCCAAGACGGGGCUGUGCAGCUGCUGGGUGUAGAGGGCAGAUUCUGACCUGCUCUCCUGGCUGAGAUGGGAGGCCCUCUCCCUGCUCACAGGUUCACUUAAGGAGAAAGAAUCACACUCCCAUCCAUGAAUUAGAGACAUUAGCUAUCUUUUGAUAAAUGAGUCAUUUUUAGAGCUUGUGGAAAAUAAAGAAUUAUUCUGGAGAAA